AAAACCAUGCACCUGCUUUGGCUCAGUCGAGGACAGGUAGCCACCCAGCUCACAUCAGACUUGAGAGAAAAGCGCAAAACACAUCCUUACUUUGUCAAUAUCCUGUUUUUUGAAUUGCAUUCAGAGAGGAGACGCAGACCCUGCAGGCAGGCAUGGCUCCAAAAGGAGGAACAUUUUUCUUUCUACUCAUUGUGGCCUGUGCAGCCUUUGAUAUGAUGCCUGGAAAGAAACCUGACUUCAAGGACAUGGCCAAAAAAAUGAUGAUGAAGUGCAAGAAUAAGGGAUACCCAAUACCUAAGAUGAGACUGCUGCAUUCAAUCUUCAAUAACAGUGACCUGCCGACGGAGAACCGAAAUGCUGACCAAUCCAACCCCCUGCAAUCUGCUUUUCUCGAUGUCCUGGAUUCAGUCUCUACUGUGAGAGCCGACCAAGACUCACUUGGCCGUGUCCCCUUGGAUAAGCCAGAUAAAAUGACAAACAAGAUGUGGAAUUGCACCCAUCUUUCAACCAUGAUCAAUCUGAUGAGAAACUCCUCUGAGGCAUCUGCAUGUUACAUGCGAGCAUUUGUGGCUCCUCUGUCCUGGGCGACGUUGACCACCCAGGGAGAAAACAACAUGGACUCAGGCGACUAUGAGGCACUGCUGUUGGCUGCCAAACCUGCGCUGCUGAGUAUGAAAAGAAUGAUCUUUCCUACCAGAGUAGAGGGCCAAAACAUGAAAAUGAUGAUGAGGAUGCUGCGGGGGGCGUAUGAUCCCAUGUCCGAGCAUCAAAGGACUCAAGUGUUAAAAUGGGCAAAAGAGCAGAUCACUGAGAACUAUUUCAACUGUUCUCUGAGGCCAUCAUCCAACUCCAGAUCAAUGUUGAUGGAGCGCUGCGAACCUUCACUGAAAUGGCUGAACUUGGAGGCGUUGAUCAUGAUGGGGCCUUACCUCUCCCGUUUAGCACCACACGAUGUUGACUCAUCUCCUAAAGAAAAGCUGUGUGAAUUUUUCCACUCAGACCAGUUCAGAUCCACCUUGAGUAGGGUGACCCCCAUGAGCCCCAGACUGGGCGAGAAGUUUCUCCAAAAAUUUCAAGAGUGCUUCAGUGGACAGAAGGAGAUUGCAGAGCAUAUAGACAAGUUUGGCACACUGGCUUGUUAUUAUUACAAUGCUCCAGACAUGACUCCUGAUCUCAGCAAGAAAUUCCUCUCUCAGAUUGCCGACUGCAACAGCCCCAGAAUCAUAAAGGUGAAGAAGCGCCUUCUUGAGUCUGUGAUAUCAAAUUCAAACAGCACCAACAUUCUGGAAAUAGUAAGCAAGCUGGGCGGUUGUGUUACCUUGUUGUCUCCCAAACAACUGUCCAUGAUCCCUGACACCGAUCUCAAAAAAAUUCUCAAGACCCUGGGACCCAACGUCCAAUGGACAAAGGCCCAAGUGUGCACUCUGAUCAAGAACCAGCUGGGCAAUAAGAAGUGUAAAAAGGUGUCAUACAAGGAGCUGAAGGUACUUCAGUCGGUUAUGGAAGGUGUGCCAAGCUGUAUGCUCAAGCAUGUCGAAGCCCAGGAGAUUCUCAGUGAUACAGAGGGUCUGAAGAACAUCUCCAAGCGGAUGAGAAGGGGGCAGUUGAAGGCCGUGCUGCAGCGGCUGCGUGAGAAUGUAGAUCCCUCAGAGCUGGUGCAGAAGCUGCCUGGCCCUUUGCUUCGCAGCAUUUCGCUUAACAACCUGGACAAAGCAAAGAUCACCUCUUUGGACCAAGUGGAGAAUAAAAUCUGGAGUCUGCCACAGGCGGCUUUCCUGGCAAAAAAGUUACAUGAUCUAAAGCAACUUCAGUAUAAGAGGAUGCGUUCAAUCCUUCAGGGCCUUACCUGUAAGAUGAUUGACAAAGUUGCUGACAGUGAUGCUUUGGACUUGGCUGAGGCCAUAGACGAGGUGCCACAGUGGCUCUCCAAAGUACAAACAGGAUGUGCAGCCCGAAAGCUUUUUGCAACUUUGGAGAAAAAGAGACGUGAUUAUUUCAAAACCAUCACAGUGGAGGAGCUGAAUGACAUUCCCACAUCCUUGCUUCUUCACCUCCUGCCUUCGAAGGUGAAUGAUUUGCCUGACUCCGUGUGUCCAGUCUUCCUCGACAAGAUGGAAGAGGCCAACCUGAGCUCAUUACCUCUUCGUAGCCCUUCUCGACCCGCACUCACCAAGAGAGCUCUGCUCUGCCUGAUCAAUGGAACAGCUCUAUCUGGACUGACCAUCGAGGAUGUGUCCAGGGUUGGACCGCUCUUGUGUGAGCUUCAGCCUUCCCAACUGUCCCUCAUGGUCCCUGAUGUUCUCAACUCCACCCUGCAGGACAUGGCUUCCUGUCAUCACAUUCCUCAGCCCCACAGGGCCGCACUACUUAAGCUGGUCAAACAGACUUUUGGGGAUCCAUCUGAUUGGUCAGCUGAGACUACGGAAUCACUUGGUCCUCUCCUGCUUUUGGAUGACAGUGCAACACCUGCUCUGCCCAACAAGCCUUGGAUGAAGGAUGUUCUGUAUUUCCUAAAGUCACCCCUGCCCCACAUCUCAGAAGUUCUGAAAAAGAAAUUCUUCUAUCUCACCAUCACCACGUCACAGAACAGCACUAACUCUGUCCAUAAUGCUAUCCCUGACAAAACCCCCAAUGUGGAGUUAAUUGAAGAACUGCAAAUGACCAACGUCUACUGGACAGCUAAACAGCUGAAUACAAUCUCAAAGGACACCUUCCUCGCUACUGUAGAAAUACUUGGGUCCAUUUCUGACUACGACGCAGACCAACUGGCUGUGCUGAGUGAAAAAGCAACGGAGGCCUUUGGCCCAGUGUCACAGAUGACUGAGAGUGCAGUCACACAGAUAGGAUGCAUAGCUCAGGGCUUCUCCAAUUCAGACCUGGAGAAGCUCCCCUUCUCACUGGACACUCUGGAGGAAAUUGCCCACUGUAGCUGGAAUGAGUCACAGAUACAGUCAGUGUGGAAGAGCGUUGCUAAACUUAACAACCUGAAAGCACAUCAGCUGGGAGCUGCAGAGAUGGUGGCACUGAACCGCUUCAUCUGUGGCCUGAGCCCCAACGAGAUCCAACAGCUCAACUUGGACGCCUUCAAGGAUGCUGUGGGUUCAAUGAAUGGUAUUCAGUGCUCCUUCAAGAUUGCUCAGUACCUGAAAAGUCUUGCUGUGUCCGCCUUUGGGGAGCCCAGCACCUGGACUGAAGCACAAGUGUCCGACUUGGGCAACAUCAUUGCUGGGUUGAAUGUAAAUGAGUUGGCUUCUUUGGAUCCAUCUGUCUUCCCAUUUCUCAGCGAGACCUGCAUCACACUCAUUCCUCCAAAAAACUUUGCUGCACUCUCCGUUGCACAACUGGCGGCUCUCGGACCUGACAACGCUGCCAUGGUUACCAAAGAACAGCGAGCUGCACUAGGAGGCAAGCAACUGGCUUCCCUUGAGAGAGCUACUUUUGGCUCCCAAACAGAAGAAACUGAGUCAGGAGCUCCAUCGCUGAGUGUUGAGGGGAUCUCGGCCUUCAUGAAGCCGCUUCUCUUUCUUGUCAUGGGUUUCCUGCUGCUGUGAGAACAGUCAUCACAUCCACCUGCUAAACCCGCAGGAGCUUCUGCUAACCAAACACAUGUAGCCUCUGUUUUCUAAGAAGUUAUCAUUAUAGAGCACUUAUAAUUCUUCCAAGUUUAUCUUAUUUUUGACAACAUGCUGUGAAGACGUUUCUCAUAGAUUGACUGUGAGAUAAUUUGUGUGUGAGCAUAGAAGUGUGGCUGUUGUACACAAUAUAAUCAGAUGAUUACAGGUAAAAUGUGCUGGGAUUUAUCUUCGCCUUAACAUUUGUUCACUUUUAUAUAUUCUAUCGCUAUAUAUUUCUAAGAAAGUAUAUUUUAAUAGAACUAAAAGAAAUAUUUGAUGUUUGUUACUCUGGUGUCUUAUGCUCUCAUAAUUUGGAUAUUUGCCACAGAUGGAAAAUUACAUAUAAUUAAACUCAAUAAAGACGAUUAAUGUACUGACUUAUUGAGAUGUUACAUUACUGUUAAAAUGGAGGAAAAACAAGUUAUAAAUAAAUAAGACAUCAAUUCAACUGA